UAUUGGGAUUUUAGGUACAAACAAAUAAUUUCUCCGUUCGUUUUGAAGCAACAGAAUUAAAUCCUAGUUUCUACGAAAUGGGAAUUUACGACUUGACAGCAAUGAUCGAAUUCAUGUCUAAAACAGUAGGAAAUAAACGCAAAAUUAUUUACAUUGGACACUCGAUGGGUACAACAGCCGCAUUCGUCUAUGCAAUCAAACGGAAAAAUCACUCUGAAAAAAAUUUGGAAGCCUUGAUUGCUCUCGCACCUGUUGUGUACAUGAAACACGUUUAUUUCCCAAUUUCUGGUCUCGCACCCUUCGCUCAACCAAUCCAAGCAGUGGCCAAUUUUUUACACAUCCACAAUCUCGGAAUGUCAAAUGCUGAAAAAGUUACAAAUCGCUUCAACACAUGCCUUAACUCCCUGAAAAAAUUGCGAUGCGAAGUGAUGACUGAAAUAAUGAUGGCUUUAAACCUCGACUCUCUCCCACCGGAAUCAAUCCCCAUGUUUAUGACACAAGCACCUGCCGGUACUUCGGUCAAAACACUCCAGCACUAUUCGCAAUUAAUCCAAAACGGGCAAUUCCAACUGUUCGAUUAUGGUAACAAAAAUCGGGAAAAAUACGGCCAUGAAAAACCCCCAAUCCUGAAUCCGGGCGCAGUUGCAAUCCCGGUUUAUUUAUUGUACGGGAACAAGGACGCAAUCGGGGACGAAUCGGAUGUUUUUGAAUUGUUUGGACGGCUCGGGGCGAAAAAAAUUCUAAAGAAAAUUCCCGGACGUGAUGAAACGAAUUUCAAACAUUUAGACUUUCUGUACGGCCGUGAUAUAAACUAUUUGUACGAAGCUUUGUUUGAAAUAAUCAAUUAAUUUUUGAGUUGGAGUUUUAUCGAGGGUCACUCGACCGAAUAUAAUCAGAUGUUCAAUGGGUCUUAUCGGCUGAUACGACUGUUCGUAAAAGCCUCAUCGUGUGUUUUGUCCUGGAAAUUAUGAUUUCGUUCUAUUUUUUCGUCUGCGAAUCGAUAAACACUUGUAAUAUCUCAAGAUUUUUCUCGAUCAUAAAUUGUGGUGGAUUCUAUUUUUGAAACUUUGUAAAGAAAUACAACAAAUGCAUGCCUUUGUCGUUUAGAUUACCGGUUAUCCCUGAAAGAAAGUUAUUUUUCAGCAUCUCCAAGCUUUGCAAAAAUAUAGCGGCCUUUGUCAUUCAAAUAAGUACAAAGUUGCAAAUAGUGUAAUUUAUGAGCAAAUUCAAGUCUAACUUGUUUCUAAUAAUCGAGCAAGCUUGAUAAUAAGCGGUUUUUUACCUGGUAAUAAAAGAAAAGUGUAAAGGCUGUUCGGUUCAUUAGAAAACGAACAGUCGAGUCUUCUUCAUAAAAAUUUUCCGCGAGUUAUUAGAUUUCAAUUAACAAAAUAUUCAGUCCGCAUACCCGGCUGGGGAAAUGCUACUUAAUUCUAAGGUCAUUUGAGACAAAGUGAUGACUCCUAUUUUAGACAACAUGAAUCCUAAAUCACUCGUGUUUUUCUCCAUUAUUCAGCUGUGUUUUUCCCAAAACCGGAACAAUGUUUGUAAAAAUUUCGCCGACUAUUCCAACCUCCCCUUUAGUAGAAAUUGUUGGUACGACCCGGACGUAUUUGCAACACCGG